GCUCGAUGGGCCCUGUUCUUCACUCGACUUCAGUUCACAGUCACUUAUCGGCCAGGCAGCAAGAACAGUAAGGCAGAUGCACUUUCCAGACGGUAUGACCCACAUACUGCGAGCUCAUCCCCAGAAGCUAUCCUUCCCUCCUGCAUGGUCAUAGCUCCUGGGAUAUUAUGGAAGAGCUACAAAGAGCCCAACAGAAUGAACCAACUCCAAAUAACUGCACCCCCAAACAAACAGUACGUCCCUCACGACAUGCGGCCACGUAUCAUGCAAUGGGCCCACACUUCUAUCAGCACAGGUCAUCCUGGGAUCUCUCGUACCCUCCACCUCAUUCAAAACUCCUUCUGGUGGCCAUCCAUGACCAAAGAUAUCACCACUUACGUCAAAGCUUGUCAAGUCUGUGCACAAUCCAAGACACCUAAGGAAUUACCAUCUGGUCUCCUCCAUCCACUUCCCAUACCACAACAUCCCUGGUCUCACCUCUCUAUUGACUUUGUAGCAGACCUACCGCCCUCCGAUGGCCUCACUACUAUACUGGUUAUCAUCGACCGAUUUUCAAAGUCCUGCCGGCUAAUCCCCCUAAAGGGCCUGCCUACAGCUAUGGAAACAGCUCUGAAUUUGUUUAACCAUGUCUUCAGAGUUUAUGGCCUACCAGAGGAUAUAGUCAGCGACCGAGGCACCCAAUUCACAUCCCAGGUUUGGAGAGCAUUCUGCAAACACCUUGAUAUCAAUGUGAGCCUCACGUCAGGUUACCACCCACAAUCCAAUGGUCAGGUGGAACGCCUCAACCAGGAAAUCGGCAGGUACCUACGCACCUAUUGCAGCCGCGAACAACACCGAUGGUCAGAAUUCCUGCCUUGGGCGGAAUAUGCCCAAAACUCCAUAACUCACUCAUCUACAGGUCUAACCCCCUUUCAGUGCGUCCUGGGGUUUCAACCCCCCUUGUUCCCGUGGUCUGGUGAACCUUCUUCGGUCCUUGCUGUGGAUGCAGCAUAGUGAGAUGGUGUGGGACAGCGCCCACGUCCGCCUCCAGAGAGCCGUACGAACACAGGAGUUUCAGGCUAACAGGCGACGGCGUCCACACCCUCCCUACCAACCAGGACAAAGGGUCUGGCUCUCCACAAGGGACAUCAAGUUGCGGCUGCCCAGCAGGAAGCUCAGCCCUAGGUAUGUUGGCCCUUUCAAGAUUCUCAAACGUAUUAAUGAGGUCACUUUCCAGCUUGAGCUUCCUGCUAACUAUCGGAUCUCUCCUUCCUUUCAUGUUUCCCUCCUCAAACCGGUCCACCCGAAUGCUGACCCCGGAGCCGAAAUCCUAGAGCAACCACCACCCUUGGACAUUGACGGGAACCCCGCUUACAGGGUAAACAUGUUGCUGGAUUCAAGGAGGAGAAGGGGUCAGCUCCAAUAUCUGGUGGACUGGGAGGGCUACGGGCCUGAGGAGAGGUCCUGGGUAGCCACCCGUGACAUUCUGGACCCCUCUCUCAUCGAGGAGUUUCACAGAGCCAGACCCGAUCGACCAGCACCGCGACCACAGGGAUGGCCACGUAGAGCCCCAGGAGGUGCUCCUGGGGGGGAUUCUGUAACGCCAAGCCAGCAGAGGGAGCCCUCACCAGAGUACUGACUGCAUACUACUUCCUCUACUGGCACUUCCUGUUUGGUGGCUUUAUAAGCCAGAUACUGAGCACAUGGCAGGUUGCGAAGUAUUGCCAGUUUACCUGCCUUACCAAGCGUUUCUCAUUGUUAUCUUCUGCCUGACUUAUUGUGUAUUACUCUGCCUGAUUUAUUCGACUACUGAUUACCUGGAUUUGCCCCUUUUCCUUAGUUUGCCUGAUUGGACUGUUACUCUGGUUUUGACCCUUUGCCUGUCUUCAC